AUGACACCCGAGCACCUCCAACGGCUGCAGGCCACGCUUCAUUACGUCUACCCGCUUUCUGUGUUCCUGUACUUUUCCAUCUCGUCGACUGUCGCCUUUUGUAGGCUGCAGACGUCCGACUCCGCGAAGGGCGUCCAUCCACGGCGCCGGGCCAUAUUCCGUCUCUUGCUCCUAUUCAUAGCCACGUUCGUGGUCCAGGCCGUCCUCAGAGUUGUCGAGAUCAUCGUAUGGCGACGAUGGCCGUCACAGGACACUAUCAUUGGUCUGCUGUCCUGUAUCUUGGCCUUCGGGAUUGAGCAGAACAGUCUCGCGGGCGAAUCGCGCAGUGUCUGGUAUCCAUUCUAUGGAUCGUGGCUGAUUGCGCUGGCUUUAGAGCCCGUCAACGCAGCGCUCUCCUUUAUCGCUGCCCACGGGUCCGCCUCGUCAGAUCCUAUCGCUGAUGAUAACUUGCCACUGAUGCUUCGUCUCGACGCCUCGAUCGUCAUCGUCCGCUGUAUUAUUGCUUUGGGCGUCGUCUUGGCGUACUCGCUCGGGCGUACGGGCCGUGUGGACGCAGAGGACGAGGAGCGGGCGCCGCUGAUCCCCAAGCCGAAUCAACGUCCAGACGGCGUGGAUGCGUCGGCCGAUAGUGGCUAUGGCACCAAUACGGAUGCGACCAAUACGGAGACGACAAAUACGGAGACCAACUCUCCGAGCGACCCUGAAUCGCCCUGGGAGCGCCAGGAGCGCCUCUCUCGCGAGAAGAUUGAGAAGCGCUUGAAGAACGAGGGAAACUGGCUCGGAUACGUCAAGGGGUUCUUCAUAUUCUUUCCCUACAUCUGGCCCGUCAAUAACCGCCGGCUGCAGCUGUAUGCUGCUCUGGUUGGCCUAUGCCUCUUGGCCGGCAACGCCCUCAAUUUCCUGAUACCCCGCCAAUACGGUGCCGUUAUGGACUCGCUGAGCGGCGUGUCGGACCAGAACCCGUGGGUCCAGGUCGCGAUUUUCGCCGGCCUUCGCCUCCUGGCCUCGGAGGCUGGAAUCAACCUCCUGAGACAGAUGCUGUGGCUUCCUAUAGAGUAUUACUCCGAGGAGACGCUCACUGUCGCGGCCUACUCUCACAUCAUGAACCUCUCGUCCGAGUUUCACGAUUCCAAGAGUUCCUCGGACCUCAUCGUGGCCAUUUCCAACGGGACCUCUAUCUCUAACAUGCUCGAAUCGAUAUGCUUUCAGGCCUUGCCGAUGAUGAUUGACCUGAUUAUCGCCUUUACGUACCUGUCUACUAAGUUCGGCCCGUACGAAGGUUUUAUCACCAUCGCGACGGGCACCGCGUUUAUCCAGACCGCCGCCCACAUCAUAGCAAACUACAAGGAUAGGAGGAGCAAGAUGGUGAAAACGUAUUUCGAAGAGCAUUAUAUUCGGCAGGCCGGCAUUCAAGGCUGGCAGACGGUCAGCGCCUUCAACCAAGUUCCGUACGAGGAGAAUCGAUACGGCGUCGCCGUGAAAACCCACGUCUCAGCAGCCAAGUCGCUGUAUUCCGGCUACUUUAUCGGGCACGCUUUCCAGUACCUAAUCCUUCUCGCCGGGCUACUUGCCGGCGCUUUCUUAGCCGUGUACCAGAUCACGCAUGGCCAAGCCACUGCGGGAGAUUUCGUCAUGCUUUUGACAUAUUGGGGUCAGCUCACGUCGCCCUUGCGGUUCUUCUCCCAACUCGGCAAGAGUAUCAGUCAGGAUCUGGUGCAUGCCGAGCGGCUUCUGGAUGUGAUGACGACGAAACCGACGGUGACCGAGCGGUCCGAUGCUCGGCCUCUCAAGCUCAAGGGUGGAAGGGUGGAAUUCCGGAAUGUCAGUUUCAGCUACGACAAGAAGAAGGACAUCUUGAAGGGCGUGAAAGUGUCGGUUCCGUCAGGUACCACCGUGGCGUUCGUGGGCGCGACCGGGGCCGGAAAGUCGACUAUCCUGAAGCUUCUCGACCGCUUCUACGACGUGACCGCUGGCUCUAUCAUGAUUGACGGCCAGGACAUUCGUGAUGUGACGAUCUCGAGCCUACGCCAAUGCAUAGGAAUCGUUCCGCAGUCACCAAUUCUCUUCGACGAUACCGUCAUGAACAACAUCAGAUACGCACGGUUGGCCGCCUCCGACGAGGAAGUCUACGACGCAUGCAAAGCGGCCGCGAUCCACGAUCACAUUAUGGGUUUCACCGAGGGUUAUAAAACGCGAGUUGGCGAGCGAGGAGUUAAAUUAUCCGGGGGCGAAUUGCAACGUAUCGCGAUCGCGCGAGCCAUCCUCAAACGUCCAGAAAUUGUUCUUCUCGACGAAGCGACUAGCUCGGUCGAUACUGAUACCGAGCAGAAGAUCCAAGACGGCCUCCGUGCCUUGUGCCGGGGUCGCACUACGUUUAUCGUUGCACAUCGCCUCUCAACUGUUAUGAACGCCGACAGCAUAUUCGUCGUCGCGAACGGGGAGAUCGUGGAGCAGGGAAACCACGAGGAUUUGAUCGGUAGAGGAGGCAAGUAUGCCGAGCUCUGGUCCAAACAGAUCUUCGUCAAGCCCAAGGAGCCGAAGGAGGACAAUAAGAAUUCGGAGGCCGCCUGCGGGGCAUUGCCAAUCGCGACUCAGACGGAUGGUUCUGCCGACGAGCGCGACGGUGGAAUGGACGCCCCGAACGGAACCCUGGACUCUCGGUCCACCCCAAUCAUCACGAAACCCGUCGCGACAGGCAAGGCUAACGGGCAGGGUGCGAAGACUCCAAAUGGCCACAAGAAAGAGGUAGAUCCGUCGAAGAAUCAAUCUUGAUUUUUUUGACUGGUACUGAUCUCUGACUAGCAAGGUUCAAAGUUGAAUCCUGGCGCUCCGGAGUUCACACCUCGUUCCGUACCCGCGCCGAAGCCGACGCAUGUCUCUCCCGCACGUUGCAGCUGGGCCGAGGAUUUCGAGGAAGCCAACAAAAGUGAUGCACCACCAGCGGCAAACGACGACACUGCGUCGGUUUGUACCGCAAUUCGAACUUACGAGGGUGUUUCCCCGACCAGAAACGGCAAUGGCUACGUCGUAUCGCCUACGACACCCCCUGGUUCGGUUGCCGAAUCAACGGUUCCAAAGAUACUUGAUUCUAAGCCUCGCCGCAACACUCUCCAGUCCGUAUCCUGUCCCGAACGGUCGUCAUGUCUCCCGAGUAGCCCCGUCCGCUCUGUCAGUCAACCUACACCAAACCCACCUGCCACCUCUUCCGAACCGGGCGACGAGGAGGCUUCGAAGGAGCAAAACGAGCCCCAGCCCCCUUGUUCGGGGAUAGAGCCUCUGUCUCAGGGAUCCUCGAGAGGCAACAGAGCCGGUUCCCGCGGCCGAAGCCGCUCCCGUUAUCGUGGAGGGAGAGGGCGACGACGCAAUCCGU